ACACGCCGAAUAUGAAACGCUUCCUAAGUACAUUUUGUUGUGUUCAAAAGCGUGACAGUAAAGCCCAAAGCUAGAGUAUUCCUAAAUUUAAGUAUUCUUUUCCCUAUGCAUAAUUAGAAUGGAUGAAGGAAAAUAUAGCCCAAGUUGCAGUUUUUCAAAAUCCAGUAUUAAUGACCAUAUUGGUUUCAUUGGAUCAAUAAAAAAACACUUUGAGGACUUUGUGGUGACUGAAAUUAGCUUAAAUGGCAAUCUGGAUACAAUUACAGAUUCCCACAGUGAAGUUCCAGAAAGCAGUGAAAUGCAGAAUUGCAACAACAAGCAAAGGGCAAAGAUGCAACAUUUGGAAGAUCUAGGAAGUCCAGGUGAAAAUGUGGAAAUCUCCAACACAGACCUACAACCAUUUCAGAUAUAUGAUACUGCAUUACCAUCUGAAGAUGUCUUAGAUUUAGACUUUGUUUUAGGUGAUGCAGUAAGUGAGGCUGUUGUGCAAUUUGCAAUGUUGUUAAAAAGUCAAAAUUGCAAAUCAGAUAUACCUCAACAUCUUUCUCUUGGAUUCUUUCCAGACAAGAAUCAGAGAGCAAUAAUUCACCGUGCUAUAAGGCAAAGAUUUCCAUUUCUCAUGACUAUUACGAACCAGAAUGAAAUAGUUGUGAAAGAAGACCCCUGUUAUAAGGAACUGCGUCAUUUGGUUUCAGAAGAAGAAUCGGAUAAAUUCUUUCAAUUUCUAGAUAGUAAAAUCAAGAAUUCCACCUUUACUUUUCAAAAUGAUGAUAAUAAGGAACACAGAAAAGCUAUUCAUCACUUUCUUAAUAAAAAUUUUGGAAAACUUGUAGAAACGAAAAGCUUUAUGAUUGUAGAUGAGUGUGGUCAUCACAGUUCUGCGGUUAAUGUGAGGUUUCGGGAAAAAAAUAAGCCUUCCAGGAAAAGGACAUCCGCUCAGUCUCAAGAAGAUGAUAUGACAUAUACAGCUUUCACUCUUCACAAAGAAAAUCUGGAAACACUAGAAGCUGUUGGCCAUCUUGCUUCACUCCUUGGAGUUCUUCCAUCCAAUUUUAGCUAUGCUGGCAUCAAAGAUAAAAGAGCUAUUACAUAUCAGACCAUGGUAGUUAAAAAAGUUACGCCAGAAAGGUUAAAAGAACUUGCCUAUACAGUGCAGAAGAAAGGAAUCUCUAUAUCUAAUAUCCAUCCAACUUCUCAGCCACUACGACUUGGACAUUUAGCAGGCAACCAUUUUGAUAUUAUAGUAAGAGAUGUGAAAAAGAAAAUGUUAGAGUGUUCUAGAGAACUUAAAGAUCUUGUUUGUGAAGCAGUAGAAAAUGUUAAGGUUAAAGGAUUUGUUAAUUACUAUGGACCCCAGAGGUUUGGAUCUGUUCAUAGUGUUAAGGCUGAUCAAAUUGGAUUGGCUCUUUUAAAGAAAGAAAUGGUUAAAGCUGUAAAAUUGUUCUUUACAGCUGAAGAAGGAAAUGACCCUGUCUGUGUUGCAAAAAGGCAUUUUCUUGAGACUGAAGAUGCAAAGGAAACUCUUGCCUUAAUGCCUAACCAUAAAGUGCGAGAGAGAAUGAUACUGCGUGCAAUAAACAGAUUUGGAUUUGGAGAAGAUGGGUGCGCCCAAGGAUGGCUUAGUAUUCCACAUGGAAUGCGCCUCUUUUACAUCCAUGCCUGCUGCAGCCAAAUAUGGAAUGAAGCAGCUUCCUAUAGAAUUCAAACAUAUGGCAGUCAUGUGGUGCAGGGUGAUCUUGUGGUUAAUACUGCAUAUGAAGACAAUUCAGGCUUAAGGUGUCAGGAGGUUCAUGUAGUUUCUGCAAAAGAAGCAACAGACAACUUUUAUUCCAUAGUACAAGUGGUGCUUCCAAUGCCUGGCAACAAUAUAAAGUAUCCAGAAAAUAAACUUGGAGACUGGUACAAGGAAACAUUGAAGAGACAUGGAUUAGAGCUUUGUAAAUUUCGUAUAAAUUCACUGAAACUCAAUAUACCCGGAUGCUAUCGUCGGUUGCUGGUUUUCCCUAAAAAUUUUAAAUAUAAGCUUCAUGAAGCCAAUGUCCUUGGCACAAAUAAGGAAACCAUUCUUGCAAAUGACCUGUGUCCUAAAUCAGAUUCAUUACCAUAUUUAUCUUUGUCAUUCGAUCUUAAUCCUUCCUGCUAUGCUACAGUGUGUCUUCAAGAAAUAAUGAAAUGUGACCUUUAAACAUUUUAUAUUAUUCUCAACAUUUUUUGCAUUUUGCAUGGCUCUGGUGUAUUACCUUUUAUUACAGCAUACUUAUGUGGUUAUUUUCAGAGGAAAAUUAUGCAUUUCAUUUCAGUAGUGAAUAUUGUAAAUAAAUCAGUUUUUUCACAGU